AUGACUCUUCAGGACGUCUUCAUCGUGGGCGCCUCUCCCACCAACUCGCUCACACUUGACCCAGAUCACGUUGUCCUCCUUGCCGCACUUCUAACCGUUGAGCUUGAGCUGACCUCGUGGGAUCCAGAGGCCGUAAGUCAUUGUAUCAACUGA